AUGGACAAUAAAGACAAAGAUGAAGUUUGUGUCGCCCCUUCCAAAAACGAACCCACCCAAGUUCCUGUAUCGCAUUCCAAGGCCAUCGAGUUUCUAGCCAACCAUUCGGCCGAGGCAAUUAGUUUCACAUACGAAGAGGAGAAAGCUGUUGUCCGACGUAUCGACAAACGUGUCCUAGUUUUGGUGCUGUGGGCAUACUUUUUCCAGCAACUGGAUAAAAGUUCAUUGAGCUAUGUAUCUAUCUUCGGUCUCAGUGAUGAUGCUCACUUGGUCGGCCUUCAAUACUCGUGGCUUGGAUCUAUUCUCUACCUCGCUCAACUUGUCAUGCAGCCUCUCGUGGCUUUGAUCCUCGUGAAGCUUCCAGCAGGCAAGGUUUUGGGAUCGGCCGUGCUUCUCUGGGGCUCUGCGCUAUCAAUAAUGGCGGCUUGUACAAAUUUCCCAUCAUUACUCGGCAUGCGGUUUGUUCUCGGCUCCUUCGAGGCAUUCAUCGCUCCCUGUUGCGUUGCCAUCACACAGAUGUGGUGGCGUCGGAGCGAACAAACUAUGCGUGUUAGCUAUUGGAAUGCGAUGAACGGUGUUACCUCUAUCAUUGGUAGCUUGGUAACUUAUGGUCUUGGACAUAUCAGCAGCACCACUAUUUACCGAUAUCAAACUAUCUUUCUGUUCUGUGGGUUACUCACAGUACUAUACGCUUUUUUGAUCUUUUGGUUUAUGCCCGACUCGCCAAUUGAAGCCAAGUGCUUGAAUGAGAGGGAAAGAAUUAUUGCCACAGAGCGACUACGGGCCAACCAAAUGGGUAUUUCUGACCAUGAAUGGCGCUGGGACCAUGUUUUGGAGACAUUCUUGGAUUUGAAGACAUGGUGCUGGUUCUUCGCUAUUAUUGCUAUCUCUAUUGCGAGUGGAGGUAUUGGAACAUUUGGCUCCCUCAUCGUCAAGUCCUUUGGUUUCAACAGCUUUCAGACUAUUCUGUUCAAUAUCCCAUUUGGAGUUGUUCAGGUCAUCUCCAUUAUUGGUGCUGCAUGGAUAGCUACCAAGACCCAACGUAAAGGCCUUGUUAUUGCUGGCCUUAGCGUUCUACCUACAAUUGGAGCUAUUCUGAUGCUUACCGUUCCACGGUCCCAAAAGGGAGUUCUACUGUUUGGAUAUUAUCUGGUAUCCUGUCUGGCAGGAAUCACUCCCAUGCUAUACGCAUGGCAAGCGCAGAACACUGCAGGUGAUACAAAGAAAAAGUGCACGUCCGGCAUUGUUUUUGUUGGCAUGUGCACUGGUAAUGUGAUUGGACCACUUCUUUACUCUACCGAUGAGGCGCCUCUGUACCGAACAGGCCUCAUCGCAGAUCUUGCUAUGUUUGUCACUGUUGGGGUGAUUUGCGGACUAACCCCAUUUUAUCUCGCUUACCUCAACAAGAAGCAUGAGAAGAAACGUAUUGAACUGGGAAAAUCAGGUCGUCUGCCCGAUAUGUCUAUGAUUAAUAAGGAAAAGCUCUGGGAAAGUAAAGCAGUGGAAGUUGAGGAUGUUCAGGACCAACGCGCUGCGGUUGAGAACGACAAGGGACUCCUUGACGUCACUGACUUGAAGAAUGAGGAUUUCAUAUACGUAUACUAG